AUGUGGCUUUUGGUUCGAAGAGCCGCCCGUGUGUUUCUUGGGCGAGUUGUUUCGUUCACUUACCUCUGCUACGAUUCUCCGUGGCGGGGCACCGGGGGCGCCGAGGGCGCUGCCCGCGAGGGCGGCGAGGAGGGCGGCGGCGAGGACCUUCAUGGCGAUGGAUGGGCUGGCAGUAGACUAGCUUGUGUGCGUGUGCUUGUUACGAUAGAUGUCAUCAAGAGGGAUAAUGAGCUCUCAAGUCCAAGCAAGCCGUGCCCCAAGGAAGUCUUAUAUGUCUCUGUGCAUCUCUUCCACGAACAGGGGAACCUAACCGUACCCAUCUUCGACCGUUCAUCGUAUGUGGAGGGUUCAUGCCUUUGCCCCGGAUACCACAUCUCACAGACAUGGACGUAUUUACCGCAAUGCUAUUGCCCAGCCGUGCAAGUCCAGACGAAAGUCAAAGUUGCCGGAGUUGAGCGCCGGAGCGAGAAGGUUGAGUGGCACAGGCACCACCAGGCUGGGCUUGAUCCACAAGUUGCGGGCGGCAAGCGAGAGUCUAAACCGUCGACCACAAGCGUAAAUAGGGCCAUCCGCUUCAGGUUUUGCCUGCUAUAG